AUGGCUGCCAUGGCUACCUCUGCUCGCAAUAUCUUCAAGCCCCUUGGCCGAGACAGCUUCACUGCUGUAGCGGCCAGGAGCGUUCCUGCGAAAGGCCACCCUCUCCCCACUCCGCCGAAUUCCAUCUCUCCCUCACUGCCUCCCCACGGCAAACCCUACGGCACUCGCUCGGUCUCUGCCCAGAUAGCCCUUGAGCACGUCGACUCCGAUCUCGAUCUGCAGGAUAAUCGUACUGGAAGCGAGAAAGACGGCUUCGCCGAGAAUCAUCACGAUGUCGGAUCGCCUACCUUUGAUACCGCUGGUGCCAUAACUCCAACUCUGUUGGCCAAGCACCAUUUGCCCGAGAUUCUCCUAGACCAUGGCCCUCUGGCUAUCCGCCACAUCAUGGGCUACCUCACAACCUCAGUCCCAGGGUUCUCGGGAAUUCCGCCUGCGAAGGCGCGGAGACUCGUCGUUGGAGCGCUUGAGGGACGGGGAAAUGGGGGAGAAGGUGGCGGCUUGAAGGGCGAAGUCAAGUUUGAGAAAGUAGGAUGGGGACGAUGGGAUGCGAAGCUGAAGGGGCAACAUGCUCGGAAUGGCAGAAGCUCUCAGCAUUCGCCGCCCCCCAGUGCGCCAUCGUCCUACUCGAACGGCAUGCCUAUAUCGAACAACAACCGGUGGAAAGACGAGAGAGCUGGACUGAAUGUGCCGGGUACCAGCUGGGCUGGCGAUUCGGCCGUCUUCUCGCACGAUGACGAUAUGGACAUCAUGAUGCUGGAGAACGAAGCGGACAAGAUGUCUCUAGACGGAGACGAAUCUUGUUCAUCAUCCGGCUCUGAAGCUCCAGCAGAGGAUGAGAUUAUGGAUGAUGACCCGGACGACGUUACCGACGACGAGGACUGGGCUGCAGUAGGCGCAGCGGCCUUGCGAGCUGCCUCCCACUCGGCUUCUGGUCCUGGACAGAACUUUCUUACCUCACGACUUUAUCCCGGGGGAGCCCACGGCGGUGGUGGGCCACCCCUCUCUGCACUGACAAAAUCAGUGCCGUUGCACACCUCGCAACAACAUAAUAAUAUUGAUUUAUCCGCCUUUGGCAUGACCUCGGACUCUCAGGAGCGAGACGCGGUCGAGGCACUUUUACGACUGGGUUCUGUAUAA